AGUUAACCCGAUGUAGCCGGCUUUGACUUCCGGUGCCGCAUGCGUAAAAAGAUUGUUUAGUCUGCAUGACGAAGCUUUGUUGAUUUGCAAAGCAUUUUAAACAGAGACAUGAGUUCAAUUGGAACCGGUUAUGACCUGUCAUCCUCCCAGUUCUCUCCUGAUGGCAGGGUGUUCCAGGUUGAGUAUGCACAAAAAGCUGUGGAAAACAGUGGGACUGCAAUUGGUAUUAGAGGCAAGGAUGGUGUUGUGUUUGGUGUAGAAAAGCUAGUGACAUCCAAGUUGUAUGAAACUGGGGCAAACAAGAGAAUAUUCAACAUAGACAAACAUAUUGGAAUGGCUGUAGCAGGAUUGUUGGCUGACGCGCGUCAAAUAGUUGAGAAUGCGAGGGAGGAGUCAAGUAACUACAGAUCCAAUUAUGGUUCCCCCAUCCCUCUUAAGCACCUGACAGACCGAGUGUCCAUGUAUGUGCAUGCAUACACACUGUAUGGUUCUAUACGGCCCUUUGGUGUGAGCAGCCUUCUUGGUUCCUAUGACCCUGUAGAAGGACCUCAAAUGUUCGUCAUCGACCCCUCUGGAGUCUCCUUCGGCUACUACGGGUGUGCCAUUGGAAAAGCAAAGCAAGCAGCAAAAACAGAAAUUGAAAAAAUCAAGAUGAAAGACAUGCUAUGUGUUGACCUUGUGAAAGAAGUAGCAAAAAUAAUUUACAUCGUCCAUGAUGAGGUUAAAGACAAAAACUUUGAAUUGGAAUUAAGCUGGGUUGGAAAAAUGACUGAUGGUAAACAUGAGCUUGUCCCCAAGAAUGUCCACACAGAGGCAGAGAAAUAUGCAAAGGAAUCUCUGGAGGAGUCAGAUGACAGUGAGGACGAGGACUUGUGAGAGACCACAUCUCGGGUGUGGGGGAGGGCUCCAUUAGACUGACUUCACAAACCAUCAUUUCAUAUAACGCCCACCAAGAUUAGUGGAUUCUUAAAACAACUAAUUCAUAGACCUGAUAUAAGUGAUAAUCUUGUUAUUCACUGUGCUGCUAAAGUGUCUAGUGAUAAAUACAAAUUGUUUCGCGUGGGGGCAAUUUCCUGUUUGCCUUUGCUAUGUUUCUCGUGAUUUUAAAAUUGAUAAUCUGAUUCAACUUGAUUACUAUUAUGGACUUGUGGUGUUAUUGUUGAACUUUGUAGACAUUUGUGCUAUAGAUAUGUUUAGUGCUAUAAACAUUGCAAAGAAGUGAACUACAAUUAUUAUUUGACUUGCUUUUGCAUUAUUUUGUGGAACAAAUAAAAUUCUCUUAAAAUGUAA